AUAGGGCGAGAGGGUCCCGGCAGGGGGGUUGCUUGUCGAAGUAAACGCUGGCCGAUGUUGCCGUGGUAAAGGCAGUCGUUGUUGGCGCUCGCUCGACGCGCUGAUGUACAUAUCCCCGCUAAAUAGGUACCGUCUAGCGGUGGUGUCUAAGGCAGGCAGUGGCCAUGACUCGAAAGUCAUGAUUUGGUUGAUGUCUACGGUCGGUCGGGGGCACGAGCACGCGUCCUUGCCAGGAAGCUUUUCGAGGAGACACAAAAGUAUGAUCGCGCGGUCCGGGAAAAUAGAACGCGCUCCAUGUUCUCGGGCAUGGUUUGCUUGCUGCCCGUGACGUAGUCUUUGAGGUGUUUCCGUCACGUGUAUCUCGGUUAAUCGCCUGGUCAGUCUCGUCGUUAGAGUUGGCUCGGCCGUUCGAUUCUGGUAGAUGCUGUUGUUGGCACCUUUGGUUGUGUUCGACGUGGUGGCGAGACGCCAUGACCUUUGAUUUUAUGUACGUACGCACACACCCGUUAGUCUAUGUCGCCGAAACCUUGGUACUUCGAAAUAUCUGACUUUUAUUUCGGAUUAACAUACCU